GCCCGUUUCCGGUUGCCAGGGAAUCAAGAGCUGGCUUCGUGGGUGGGUGUUCCCAGUGGGACCUGCUAAGCGACUGAUGGACCUGCAAGUCUGGGGAGGCGGGGAGUAAGCUUUCUCUGCGUGUCUGCUGUCGCAACUUCCUGAAGCUUCGCUCUGUUCCCACAGGCACCCAGUUCCUACAUAGUUACUGGCUUCUGCAGUUCGAAGCAGCUCCCUUCUCCGGCACGUCUGUAAUACAGCUCUGGGCCUGGGUACCAAUUGCUCCUCAUGCCUCUGAGCUCAUUCUAGAGUUCAAGGACCAUCAAAAGGGGCCGCAAAGGAUCUUUCUGGGUGCUUUCCCCAUUAUCUUCUCAUCCUAUCAAUCGGAAGGAGGAUGCUUAUUGGAGAUCUAUUGUUUACUAAUGUAUUGGAUGAAGGUGGUGCCCACCCUCCUGGCCGAGGAGAAGCCCGUAUCUACCGAUGCCUCGGAAGCCGUCCUGUGGGAGUGUUCCAGCACCCAAGGUGAACGAGAUGUCGCGCUGCUCUUCGCAUCCCUCUCCUACACUCAGCCACCUCUGUUUCACCUGCCUCACGUCCAGGAACCUUUUAUCCCUAACGUGGAACAGCUGAUCUUCGGCCAGAAUCCUCAGGACACGGAGCAUGGCCAGGCUCGGCUUCCCAUGGAGAAGCUGUGUCACCUGCAGGAUAGAAAGGUGAACCUUCACAGAGCUUCGUGGGGCCAGUGCAUCGUGGCACCCAAGGUUUUCAGCUUCCCUUACUGUGAAGGGAUCUGCCUGGCCAUGAACUGUGAGCUCCUUCACUCCAACUUUGAAUGCUAUAAGAGAGAGGAAUCCACCUGUACCCCGCUCUUUCAGGCCUGUGGUCCUAUCAAGGUCCGUCUUUUCUCCUUCAUGGUCCAGGAUGAUGAACACAGGAUGAGCGUGUACCACGUGAACACCUCCCUAAUAGAAAAGUGUGGCUGUUCCUGAGAUUCCCUGGAGCGGCUGCUCUGCUAGUCUCUGUACCAUAGGUUUGGAGCUGUUUAGCAACGGAUCUAGCCUUGGAAUGACAGUUCCCUUUAGCCCAGCAUUUCUGGCCUCUGGAGUGAGUGAAAACUCUGUCAAGGGGGUAUUGUGUCACAGGCUAGCCCUCACUGCCUUUAGACUAGUGGGGGAGAUCUUUUGUCUCAUGGGAGGGUUAGGUCUCACUGUUUAAGAGACUUCCUGCCUCUUAAGUUUAACUUAAUGGAAAUUUGCUUUUUUAUUCCCUUCAAUAAAAUGCUAUACCAU